UGACAAACUGUUUUACAGUCUAUUCAACUCGGAAUUUCUAACGACCUACGAAUUAUCAUUUAUUAUUCUAGACUCGAGCCAUGGAUCAUGUCAAGAAAUUCUUAUGCGCGAUCAAGCCGACCAAGGGCCAGCAGGAGAUGGCCAAGGCCUUCAUACCCUCAGCUGGCUAUUUUGGCAUGGCUGGAGCCUUGGCUCUGAUCUACUUCACAGACUGGCGUCUGAUCACGAACUAUAUCCCGCUCUAUAACACAAAGUACCCAAAGCCUGAGACUAAAUAGCUGAAUACCCUGGAAGAAAAACCUAAAUAAAACCUUUAUAUGUUUUCUAUAUUUGGACCGGAGACUCUGUCGAAACUGUGCCAUACUAUAUUUAUAUGUUUUCUGACAUCUUUGGGAAGGUCUUUCAACUAGUUAAAUAAACACCAUAAACACCAUUUCUUAUACUUUGGUGAUGCAUUUUGGUUCCACAAUGCAAAGGAAAAUAAAUCGAUGCCAAUCAAAAUAUACAGAAUCUGGGAAAGAACAACUAUAAAAAAAAGACAACCAAAUGUUUGUAAAUGUUGUUGCAGCCGCAAAUAGAAAAUAUACAAAUUUAAGACGAAUAUUCCAAAGGUCGAAGAUGUAAUACCCUAGAAUCGAAUCUAGGCGGAAAUUUCAAGACUAAUAAAUCAGA